AAUUGCUACGAACGUUAUAUAACUGUACACACAACAACAACGUUAUACUAUUGAAAAUACAACGGUGGUGCAGGAGUUGUUUAUAACGCAUAAAAUGUUGAAAGAACGUGAUUCAAUGAUGAGUCCUGGUAGUCCUUGUGUUGGAGGCGUUACUGUAGGUGGGGGUGGUAGUACUGUUGUAGAUCGUGGCGGUGGCGGUGGUGCCACAUGCGCCGGAUGUGGUGGUCGGAUUCAUGAUCGCUAUUAUUUACUUGCCGUUGAUCGACAAUGGCAUUCACCAUGUCUGAAGUGUUGUGAAUGUAAACUACCAUUAGAUUCUGAAUUAACAUGUUUUGCUAGAGAUGGUAAUAUUUAUUGCAAAGAAGAUUAUUAUAGGAUGUUUGCGGUCAAACGUUGUGGUCGAUGUCAAGCCGGUAUAUCAGCAAGUGAAUUGGUAAUGCGUGCUCGUGAUUUGGUAUAUCAUUUACAUUGUUUCACAUGUGCCUCCUGUGCAAUACCAUUGUCAAAAGGUGAUCAUUUUGGUAUGCGUGAUGGACUUGUAUAUUGUCGACCCCAUUAUGAAUUAUUAUAUAGUGGUGAAUACUGUGAUGCAAUGGAAAUUGGUUCAAUGUUUCGUGCAACAAAUUCACCAAGUUUACAAUAUCAUAUGUCACCGAGUCCGGCAUCAGCACAAAAAGGACGACCCCGUAAACGAAAAAUACCACCUGGAUCAGAUUCACCUGGGUCAGCUGAUUUAUCUGUAAAUAUGCGAAUGUCUUCUGGUACCAUUGAAAUGUUACAUCCUGGAGAUUUAUCAUCAUCAAUGGAAUCAUUAUCAUACGAUUCAUCAGUGGCAUCACCUGGAUCUGGUAGUGGACAUACAUCACAGCGUACGAAAAGAAUGCGCACAUCGUUUAAACACCAUCAACUACGUACAAUGAAAUCAUAUUUUGCAAUAAAUCAGAAUCCAGAUGCCAAAGAUUUAAAACAAUUAGCACAAAAAACUGGUCUUUCAAAACGAGUGUUACAGGUAUGGUUCCAAAAUGCAAGAGCAAAAUGGAGACGAAAUUUAAUGCGACAGGAGGGUUCACAAGCACCACCAGGUACACCCGGCCAACAGCAAGUUGGUAAUGGCCCUCCAUCUGUUGGCUCAUCUGGUGCUUUAUUAGGCGAUUCAAAUAGUUUACCACAUCCGCCAGGGCUAGACGAAUUACAUCAUCACCAUCUUCAUGGACAAGGAUCACAAUCGAUUACAUUCGGAGAUUUAUAUUAA